AUGGGCCCUCUAGCACUUCUGACUGCCGCCGUGUCCAACGCCACGCACCUGCUACCGGACGAGUUGCACGUGGUGCUGGCCGUGUCGCGGGCCUCGGGCAUUCUCUCGUUGGUGGUGUGGCUUUUUGCGCAGCUCCCCCAGGUCUUGGAAAACUACGCCAACCAGUCCGUGGCCGGGAUCUCCCCGGCGUUCCUCGCGUGCUGGAUCAGCGGCGACGCCACCAACCUCGCCGGCUGCAUCUUGACCCGGGCCCUCCCGUUCCAAACGUGUCUCGCCUUGUACUACUGCUUCAUCGACGUCAUCUUGGGCCUCCAGUUCUGGUACUACACGGCCGUGUAUCCGCGCCAGCCCGUGCACCACAACAUGCUCCAGAGCCCCAACAUGAUGCGGCCCGUCAGGCUGGGCACGCACCGCUCGCGCUCGUCCCGCUCGCCCCGACGGCCGCGCCGGCCGCGCCGCAGCUUCUUGGACUUGGUGCUUUCUGCCUCGGCAAUCAGCUCCACGUUCGGAAAGGCCAGUGCCCAGCCCAUCGACGCCCCCGACGACCAGCGGCGCUUCCAGGACGCGCUUGUUCUGGUCUGCAACGCUGUGUGGGCGUGCGUGUCCAACUUGCACUACUCGUCUGCGCUUGUGGGCACCUGUAGCGGCUGGCUCAGCACGUGCUUGUACGUGAGCUCCCGCAUGCCGCAGCUCGGGAAGAACUUCCGCUCCAAGUCCACGGCGGGCGUGUCGCCGCUCCUCUUUGUGUUUGCCAUGACGGGCAACAUCUUGUACACGGUGUCCAUCGCGAGCGACCUCUAUUUGUUGGCCAGAUACGACCAGUACUUGGGCACCGCAGACUUCCACGCUGUUCUCCGCGCACAGAUCCCCUUUCUCGUCGGCAGCACUGGCACCGUGGUGUUUGACGCCGCGAUCUUGUUCCAGUUCUGGCUCUACAAGAAGUCUGCCCCGAGCCCGGCGCCGGGACCCCUGUCGCCGCGUGGUCUCCAUGUGCUGGAGGCCUUGCCCAAGGAAGCCCACGCCGAGACGCAGCUACACUUCACGAAGCCCGACUGGUACACCAACAACUUCCAAGUUCCCGCAUACGAAACCGGCUCUUCCUUCGACGAGCACCAGCGCGAGCCACGCGGCCUGGCCCGCUCGGACGAACGCACGCAUCUCAUCCACGAUCCGUACAUCGGCAGCCCGCCGCGCCACUACGUGGUCUCGUCCUCCCAGUUGAGCGUGGGGCCGCAGCAGCCCCAGCCGAGAAGAGGCUUGUCGGAGACGUUCAGUGCGCUUGCAAAGUCGGUGUCCAACUCGCCCAUCGUGCGGACGCCGUCCGUGGCUUCUCCAGGCAUCUUCGGGGCGCACGCCUCGCCCCCCGGCACCGCAUUGCUACCCUCGUUGGUGGGCACGUACUCGUCGAUCUCGAAGAAAAUGGCGCACGACUCGAAGGUGCCGUUUCUGCCGAUCGAUUUCCUCCACGACGGCUUUUUGCAUGGCAGCGCCAGUCUGGCAGACGACCUGCGGUACACGAGCACGCUCGCCCGCUAUUAG